UUGAGAAGUCAUGUGAGUAAAGAGGAAGCGGCGGUAGAGAAGAGAUGAGCGCUGUAUACGGUGGAGUGGAGGGUGGCGGAACACACUCCAAAGCAGUUUUGGUUUCUGCUGAUGGACACAUCCUUGCUGAGACAGAUGGACCAUGUACUAACCACUGGUUGGUUGGCGUUGAUAACUGUAUCACUGGUAUCAAUGAUAUGGUCCAGAGGGCUAAAGUUGAGGCAGGACUGGACCCGGACACACCAGUUUUUUCAUUGGGCAUGUCUUUGAGUGGUGGAGAGCAGAAGGCUGCUAUUCAGAAGUUGAUUGAUGAUUUGAAGGAAAGAUAUCCCAAACUGAGCCAAAGUUAUUUUAUUACCACUGAUGCCAUUGGUGCUGUGGCAACUGCCAGUGAUCAUGGAGGUAUAGUGGUGAUAUCAGGCACUGGUUCAAACUGUAAACUGGUGAAUCCGGAUGGCACACAGGUUGGCUGCGGGGGUUGGGGUCACAUGAUGGGAGAUGAGGGUUCAGCAUAUUGGAUCUCUCACUUGGCUGUUAAAACAGUUUUUGAUGCCAGAGAUAACCUUGUCACACCCCCUCAUGAUGUCACCUAUGUCAAAAAGGCCAUGGAAGAAUAUUUCCAGGUGUCUGAUUUGAUGGGGAUGCUUCCUCAUUUGUACAGAAACUUUCAGAAAUCUCACUUCGCCGGGUUCUGUAGGAAAUUGGCUGAAGGUGCCAAUGCUGGUGAUGCGUUGUGCCAACAUGUGUUUACUGAGGCUGGAAGAGCCCUUGCACAGCACAUUGUAGCUGUCUUGCCCAAAGUACACCAGGAUCUUUUUUCUGGUGAGCUUGGAUUGCCUAUUCUGUGUGUUGGUUCUGUAUGGCGCAGCUGGGAGCUGAUGAUGUCUGGUUUCACUCAGGUCAUCUCACAGGCUCAAGCUAAUGGAUACAGCCUCUUCCAUAAGUACAGCCUGUUCACACUACGCCAGUCCUCUGCUGUGGGUGGCGCUAAACUGGGGGCACAGAAUGCAGGUGUCACUCUCCCUCUGGACUACUCUGCCAAUGCCAAUGUGUUUUUCAGCCAUACUUUCAGCAAUCAAUGACUGGGGCAAAACAGGCCUAAGAUCAGAUACGCCACUACAUUUUUUUGUUGAUAAUGGGACCAAAGUGGGAAUUUCUUGUUUUUUAGCUGAUAGGGACAUGUGCUUUUACAGUCUGUCCUCUUGGGUGUGCCAUUUCUCAAAUGGCACAUCAAAUCUUAUCAAUUUGUCUAUAUGAAUGCAUUACAAAAAGCAUGAAAACAAAGCAUUAAAUGCAGUUAUAUGAAGUUAAAUGUAUUAAAAAAGGAAUUUCGACACUUUUAAAACAUGGCGAUCAUGACAUUUUUGAUAGUAUCAUGGAACAGUUUUGUUAAUAUACAUUUGCAAAAGCAUUUUAGCUGUAUCUUUACAUAUCACAACUUUUUAUAAAUAUAAUAAAAAUAAAAAUAAAUAUUCAAAUUUGUUCUUAUUCUGUUUAACACUAAAAUGUCAUAGUUUCUGUGUGGACAGGCCUCAGUCUUUUGGCUGAAGCAAAAACAGACUACAUACAGGGAAAGUUUAUUAGCCCUUCAGCCUUUGCUAAUUGCAAAAAUAUUAGCUCAACCAAAAUUAUUCAGUUGAGAGAUUUUCCUAUAUGUCUUCCUUUCCUCUGUAAAAAGCAAAAGGAAAUGUUAGACAGAAUGACAGACUGAGUGAAUUAUCCCUUUAACCCUCCUAUUGUGUUCAGGUCAUUUUUGAACCGGCAGAGGUAGAUAAUACCACAUAGUUUUUAGUACGGGAACCAAACUUUGUGACUUUGUCAAGAUACACAUAAAUACACAUAAUUUAUUUUUUCAGAUUUUUUUACUAAAAUUGUUCGAGAUAUCACCAUUUAAAUUUUAUUAUUUAUUUUUUUACAUCUUUUGCAUUCGCGGGUCAAUUUUGACCCGGGCAUCAUUUGUGUCUUUACACAUGAUAUUAUGUAGAUUUUUUUUGUACAUCCUUGAAUUUAGCCUCUUUCCGAUAAUCUCUCACACACUUUUUUGUCUCUGGGACUGCAUCUUGUUUACAAAUAUGCACACACACAUUUCUGUACAAUACAGACAUGACAGAUGUAACAAACAUAACAAAUAAACUAAACCUAAGGUAAUAUUGUCUAAAGGGGGUGUGGCAAGAUUUUGUUCAUGCACACGUUAAUCUAAAUAGGGCUUGAAAGAGGAAAUUAUCCACAUUUUACUCUGCAGCCAUCUGAUGCCGAACCAGUUUACAGCAAACUCACGCAUCAACAUUCAGCAGUUCAUGCAAGUAACCAGAAUAGAUUUAGCUUAAAAACAUAGUAAAGAAGUAUUAAUGUUGUAUACUUGAGUUGUACAGUUAU